AUGAGCACGGCGGCGGCAACGGGAGGGGGCCCGGGGCGGCGGCGGAUCGGCGGCAGGCGGCGACGGGGGCCCCUGCGCUCCCUGGGCAGCCUGGCCGGGAGGCUGCUCCGCACCUGGGCACGCCUGGCCGGCGGCCGCGGCAGGCACCGAGCCGCCCCGGAGGACGACGAAGGAGGGUUCCGAGGGGAGAACGGCCCCGGCGGGGAGAGGAGGCGGCGGCGGCAGCGGCAACAGCAGCAGCAGCCCGGAGCGGGAGCGGCGGUGGCGGGGGACGGGAGCGGGGUGCGGGGGGAGCGGCCGCCGGGCGCGCAGGGGCUGCGGAACCACGGCAACACCUGCUUCAUGAACGCCGUGGUGCAGUGCCUGAGCAACACGGCCCCGCUGGCGGAGGUGCUGGCGCUGGGCCGCUACCGGGCCCCGGCGGGCCGUGCCGAGGUCACCCACCGGCUGGCGGCCCUGGUCCGAGCGCUCUGGACCCGCGACUACACCCCGCAGCUCUCCGCCGAGUUCAAGAACAUUGUCUCCAAGCACAGUGCACAGUUCCGGGGCAAUGCCCAGCACGAUGCCCUCGAGUUCCUGCUCUGGCUGCUGGACCGCAUGCACGAGGACCUGGGCACUGCCUCCCCUGCCCAGCACACCCACGGCCCCGACCAGGCCACCCAGCAGCCUCCUGGGCAGAGCUUCGUGCAGAGCCACUUCCAGGCACAGUACAGGUCCUCCCUGACCUGCCCUCACUGCCUGAAGCAGAGCAACACCUUCGACCCCUUCCUGUGCAUCUCCCUGCCCAUCCCCCUGCGCCAGACCAGGGCUCUCAGUGUCACCCUGGUGCUGCAGAGCGAGCGCCGGCGGUUCCUGCGGGUGGGGCUGGCGGUGCCCCUGCUGGGCACCGUGGCCGAGCUGCGGGAGAUGGUGGCACGGGAGGGACACAUCCCAGCGGAGCAGGUGAUCCUGGCAGAGGUGUCCCCGCAGGGCUUCCUGCGCUCCCUGGGUGACUCGGAGGAGCUGAGUGCUGCUGGGGAGGGGGCUCCCCUCUACGCCUUCCAGCCGCCCCCCGCCCGCCGCCCAGGGUGCCCCCGCAGCCUGCCUGCCUCCCCUGGGACAACUCAGCCCGAGGCCCAGCGCCCACUGCCCUCCACUGCCCGCUCCUCCGACUGCCUGCACCGCAGUGCCGCCGGCCACCUCCUGCUGCUGCUCUGCAACGCGGCAGGCGAUGGGCACCGCCUCGCCAGGUUUGGGCCACCCCUGGUGCUGCGGGAGGAGAGGGGCAUCUCCUGGGAGCAGCUCCAGCAGAGCAUCCUGGGCCAGCUGCAGGCCCUGCUGCGGGCAGAGCUGCGGGCACAGGGCACAGGUGUCCCCCUCUUCCGCAUCCGCCUGGCUGGGGGCACGGAGCCCUGCACCUACCUGUCCCCACAGGACCCUCGUCCCCUCUGCCACCCUGCCAUCGACAGAGCCCUGCAGCUGAGCGGGGCAGGAGGCCCUCCCCAUGUGAAGCUGACGGCAGAGUGGGACCUGAGCACCAAAGAGCGCCUUUUUGGCAACAUCCAGGAGGAGGUGGUGGAGGAGGCGGAGAGCGUGCGGCGGCAGCAGGAAGCGCACCGGCAGCAGCCCAGCUGCACGCUGGAUGACUGCUUCCAGCUCUACACAAAGGAGGAGCAGCUGGCCCCGGACGACGCCUGGCGCUGCCCGCACUGCAAGGUGCCCCAGCAGGGCACGGUGAAGCUGAGCCUCUGGACGCUGCCCGACAUCCUCAUCAUCCACCUGAAGCGCUUCCGGCAGGUGGCUGAGCACCGGCACAAGCUCACCACGCUGGUGAGGUUCCCCCUGCGGGGGCUGGACAUGGCCCCGCACGUGGCACAGCGGGGCCCGGCCGGGGGGCAGCUCGUGGGGCGCUGGGCAUCCUGGCAGCCCCCACUCCGCCUGCCCCCGAGCUGCCCCCGAGACUACCUCUACGACCUGUACGCCGUCUGCAACCACCACGGCAGCAUGCAGGGCGGGCACUACACGGCCUACUGCUGCAACGCCCUGGAUGGGCGCUGGUACAGCUACGACGACAGCCGCGUGGAGGGGCUGCGGGAGGCGGAGGUGAGCACCCGCAGCGCCUACAUCCUCUUCUACCAGCGCCGCAACGCCGGCAGGGCCCAACUUGCCGGUCCCACUCCCGCAGGCUCGGCCACCUCCUCGCUGUCUCGCCACUGGCUGGCUCGCCUGGGCAACAGCACACAGGCUACGGCCUCGUCUCCCUCAGCCACCCGGCGGUCCCCACCUGGCACCCCCGAUGCCACCGCUGCCACCCUGGAGAAAGGUGGCUUCGAGGCCAGACCGCUGGUGCGGGGUGUGCAGGGUCGCAGCCUCAGCGUCAAGCUGUCGCCUUCCCGCAGCCCGCCCCGGGCGGGGCCCCCACGCUGGUCCUUCUCGGGCAGGGAGCGGGCAGGGCCGGGGGAGCUGAUCACCUACCUGGAGUCGGGGCGCAGACCCCGCUGCACCCGCCGUGCCCUGCUGCCGCUCGCCUCGGGGGGGGACGGUGACCCCGACACCCCCCUGACCUCUAGCCCCGUGCCAAACGACUCAGCCAAGCACGGCCUGGGCACCCCCCGAGCUCCCCGCCAGCCCCUGCGUGUGCCCACGCUGCGGAGAGCUGCCAGCGCCGGUGCCGAAGGAUCCCUGCGGCUACCCCCCAAAAGCCAGAGCAGCCCCCGGGUACUGCGGGCAGAGGGGGACGGGGGUAUCCCCAUGAGUGUCCCUCCGGUCCUGCUGUCCCCCGGGCCGGUGGCAAUGGCGAGGUCGCAGAGCUCGGCCAGUUUGCCCCCGCGCCCCAAGGGGGGGCUACGGCGAUCAGCAUCGCUGGGCCGGGGUGCGGGGGGCACCCCCUUGCUGCCCACGCGGGGACCCCCCGGGGCUACACUGCAGAGGGGACGGCAGCCCCUGGGCUCACUGUGCCCCUCAGCUGUGCCCGAGUCCAGUUUCUGA